AUGGUCAGCUGCUCGAGCGUCAGCAAUGCGAGCGGCGGGGUCACAACGGACCUUAUCCUAAAGGGCAGCGAAUGCAGAGCUCAGCUCUGCCGAGUUUUGUGCGAAUCUUGGAAAAACUAUAGACGCCAGGGAAAGGCGCGCUUGGCAGGAAGAGCGCCCGAUCGAUGCCAGAAGAAGAUGCGUGCAGGUAGAGAGGCAAAGGACUGA